AUGUUCAGAAACGCUCUGCGGCAAUCCAGCCGCUCUGUUGCGGCCGCCUCGGCCACUGGCCGUGUCGCUGUUCGCGCGGCUGUCCCCGGCCCCAUCGCCGGUGCCUCCAAGCAGGUCCGUUCCUACGCUGCUGAGGCCAAGGCCCAGCCCACUGAGGUCUCCUCCAUCCUGGAGCAGCGCAUCCGUGGUGUCCAGGAGGAGGCUGGUCUCGCUGAGACUGGUCGUGUCCUGUCCGUCGGUGAUGGUAUCGCCCGUGUUCACGGUAUGACCAAUGUCCAGGCUGAGGAGCUGGUCGAGUUCGCCUCCGGUGUUAAGGGUAUGUGCAUGAACCUCGAGGCCGGUCAGGUCGGUGUUGUCCUGUUCGGUUCCGACCGUCUCGUCAAGGAGGGUGAGACCGUCAAGCGUACUGGUGAGAUUGUUGAAGUUCCCGCUGGUCCUGAGCUGCUCGGCCGUGUCGUCGACGCUCUCGGUAACCCCAUUGAUGGCAAGGGACCCAUCAACGCCACUGAGAAGCGCCGUGCCCAGCUCAAGGCCCCCGGUAUCCUGCCCCGUCAGUCCGUCAACCAGCCCGUGCAGACUGGUAUGAAGUGUGUCGACUCCAUGGUGCCCAUUGGCCGUGGUCAGCGUGAGUUGAUCAUUGGUGACCGUCAGACCGGUAAGACUGCCGUCGCUCUCGACACCAUGCUCAACCAGAAGCGCUGGAACAACACCGGCGACGAGUCCAACAAGCUGUACUGUAUCUACGUUGCUGUCGGUCAGAAGCGUUCCACCGUCGCUCAGCUCGUCAAGACCCUUGAGGAGAACGACGCCAUGAAGUACUCCGUUGUCGUUGCUGCCACCGCCUCCGAGGCCGCCCCCCCUGCAUGGUUCCGUGACAACGGCCGCCACGCCGUUAUCAUCUACGACGAUCUGUCCAAGCAGGCCGUUGCCUACCGUCAGAUGUCCCUGCUUCUGCGUCGUCCCCCCGGUCGUGAGGCCUACCCCGGUGACACCCAGGGUGGUGAUGUGUCCGCCUACAUUCCCACCAACGUCAUCUCCAUCACUGAUGGCCAGAUUUUCCUGGAGUCCGAGCUGUUCUACAAGGGUAUCCGUCCCGCCAUUAACGUCGGUCUGUCCGUCUCCCGUGUCGGUUCCGCUGCCCAGGUCAAGGCCAUGAAGCAGGUCGCCGGUUCCCUGAAGCUGUUCUUGGCUCAGUACCGUGAGGUCGCCGCCUUCGCCCAAAGCAGUACUCCCCCCAUGGCUGUCUCCGACAUGGUUCCCCUGAUCUUCGCCGGUGUUAACGGUCUCCUUGACACCAUCCCCGUCAACAAGAUCCUUUCCUGGGAGUCUGACCUCCUCGCCCACCUGAAGAGCUCCCACCCCGAGAUCCAGCAGACCAUCGAGAAGGAGGGCCAGGUCUCCAAGGAGACUGAGACCAAGCUGAAGGAGACCAUUGUCGCCUUCAACAAGUCCUUCAGCGCAUAG